UCUAAGAGUCAGCAAAUAUCCCUGGGUGGUGUGGUUGGUAUCUUUAAAUGGUGAAGAACACAUUUCCUGCAGCCCAGUCACCAUGAUAGGCUCGGUGAUGUUGUUGCUAUUUUUCCUCCUGUUCUUCUUGAUCAGGGUCCGCCGACCUCCCCCCAGGACCCCGUCCCCUGCCCAUCCUCGGCAAUCUGCUACAGCUGGACCCUGUCAACCCCCUCAAAGACCUGGAAAGGGGUCCGCCGACCUCCCCCCAGGACCCCGUCCCCUGCCCAUCCUCGGCAAUCUGCUACAGCUGGACCCUGUCAACCCCCUCAAAGACCUGGAAAGGGGUCCGCCGACCUCCCCCCAGGACCCCGUCCCCUGCCCAUCCUCGGCAAUCUGCUACAGCUGGACCCUGUCAACCCCCUCAAAGACCUGGAAAGGCUGAAGAGGCGCUAUGGUAACGUGUUCUGUCUGUACAUCGGAUCACGGCCUGUCGUGGUUCUGAAUGGCCUUGAGGCGGUUUGUGAGGCACUAGUGACAUACACAGCUGAAUUUCAGGACGACCAAACCAUCUCAUGAUCAGCGACAUCACAGAAUGCAAAGGGGGCUCUGGGUGAGCCGGGUGCUGACUCACCUGAG